UCCUGCGCUCCGCUCAGGCUCCGCGCUCGCUCCUCGGGUCUUCCCUCCGCUGCCGGCUCCAGGCCACCGGGAGGCGAGGCAAGGGGACCCGCGGGCUGUGCGCCCCGAGGCGCCGGGUACACAGGAGGCCGCACGGGAGACGCGUGGCGCGAUGGCCGGGCGAGGGGGCCGCGCGCUGCUGGCGCUGUGCGGGGCGCUGGCGGCCUGUGCGUGGCUGCUGGGCGCCGAGGCCCGGGGGCCCGGAGGGCCCCCGGCGGGCGCGAGGCGGCGCCGGCGGCCUCAGGAGGACGGCAUCCCCUUCGAGUACCACCGCUACCCCGAGCUGCGCGAGGCGCUGGUGUCCGUGUGGCUGCAGUGCGCUGCGGUCAGCAGGAUCUACACGGUGGGGCGCAGCUUCGAGGGCCGCGAGCUGCUGGUGCUCGAGCUGUCCGACAGCCCCGGCGUCCACGAGCCGGGUGAACCUGAAUUUAAAUACAUUGGGAAUAUGCAUGGCAAUGAGGCUGUUGGACGGGAACUGCUGGUUUUCCUGGCCCAGUACCUGUGCAAUGAAUACCAAAAGGGGAAUGAGACAAUCGUCCAGCUGAUCCACAACACCCGGAUCCACAUCAUGCCCUCCCUCAACCCUGAUGGCUUUGAGAAGGCAGCAUCUCAGCCUGGUGAGCUGAAGGACUGGUUCGUGGGUCGAAGCAAUGCCCAGGGAAUAGAUCUGAACCGGAACUUUCCUGACCUGGACAGAAUUGUUUAUGUUAAUGAGAAAGAAGGUGGUCCAAAUAAUCAUCUGUUGAAAAAUCUGAAGAAAAUUGUGGAUCAAAACACAAAGCUUGCUCCUGAGACCAAGGCUGUCAUUCAUUGGAUUAUGGAUAUUCCUUUUGUGCUUUCGGCCAAUCUUCACGGAGGAGACCUUGUGGCUAAUUACCCAUAUGAUGAGACGCGGAGCGGUAGUGCUCAUGAAUACAGCUCCUGCCCAGAUGAUGACAUCUUCCAAAGCUUGGCUCGGGCGUACUCGUCCUUCAACCCCCCCAUGUCGGACCCGGGUCGGCCCCCGUGUCGCAAGAAUGAUGAUGACAGCAGCUUCGUAGAAGGAACGACCAACGGCGCAGCGUGGUACAGCGUGCCUGGAGGAAUGCAAGAUUUCAAUUACCUCAGCAGCAACUGCUUUGAGAUUACCGUGGAGCUUAGCUGUGAAAAGUUUCCACCUGAAGAGACUUUGAAGAGCUACUGGGAAGAUAACAAAAACUCCCUCAUUAGCUACAUUCAGCAGAUACACCGAGGAGUUAAAGGAUUUGUCCGAGACCUUCAGGGUAACCCAAUUGCCAAUGCAACCAUCUCCGUAGAAGGAAUAGACCAUGAUGUCACAUCUGCAAAGGAUGGUGAUUACUGGAGAUUACUUGUACCUGGAAACUAUAAAGUUACAGCCUCAGCACCAGGCUAUCUGGCGAUAACAAAGAAAGUGGCAGUUCCUUAUAGCCCCGCUGUCAGGGUUGAUUUUGAACUGGAGUCAUUUUCUGAAAGGAAAGAAGAAGAGAAGGAAGAAUUAAUGGAAUGGUGGAAGAUGAUGUCAGAAACUUUAAAUUUUUAAAAAGCCUCUAAUUAACUGCUUUUAAUCUAUAUAAUGUAGUAUGAUGUAAUAUGGCCAUUUUCUUUUAGAUUUUGUGCAGUUGAUAUUUAACUUUGAUUUAUUUUUUAAUCAUUUAAAUAUUAAUAGGAAUUACUUAAAAUAGACUCAAGUAAAAAUAUAAGAACUUGGUCUACAAUGUUCAUUUUCCUACAUAUAAGACACAGAGGACCAUAGAAGAGAUUUAAGUGAUUUUGCCAUUUUAGGUGUAGAUGCAAUAGUCCAUGUGUUAUUUGCAAUACAGAACUUUUUGAGUAAUUCUAGCUUUUAAAAGUUAGUGAGUCCUUUUAAUGUAAUCGGUGACAGUGUCACAUAAUGAAUGCCAUCGGAAAGGUCAACAGCUAUAGCUUGAGUUGUGAGCACUCUACUGCAAGACUUAAACAGACCUGUGUAAAUUGUCAUUUGUCUCUUGUGCUGACUAGCUAUAUAAGCAUGAUAUUGUUAAUGCAUUCUUGAUGGGAAGAAAAUGUAAACGUUUAGCAAGAGGUUUUAUGAAAGGAAUGGAAAUUGACUUCUUGCUUGUACAUAUCGGGGCAAUCCUGUUAUAUUAUUCAGCUGGCUAACACUACUUCACAGUGUAGGGUUUCUCUUGGUUGUCAGUUGUCCCAGAAUUGCAUUCUGAAUGAAUAAAGAUUAAAAAAUCCCUAUGAUCUAUAUUUUAAUUCUCUAUGAUUUUUGGUCUAGAGUUGUGGUCUUGUGAUAAAAAACAUAUGUAUUCCCUUGAGAGUGGCCUCUCAUUGGUUCAUCCUGUAUAUUUUUAAAUUUAUUAAGUGACUGUGGUAUGCCAAGCACAGUGCAAGCUCUGUGUAUAUUAUUUUGGUGGACAAAAGGUUCUGAUUCCAUGGAUCUUAUGGACCAGUUGUGGACAUAGACUUUAAAUAAAUAUACACACAAAUGAA